GGUUACUAAACAUGCAGACUGCAACUCUUUUCCUCGUGAUGCUUUUAUCAAUAAAUUCUAUUUCAAGCGAAAAUAGCUGCGAUAAAAUGGGAACUUUGAUUUACGAGGACAUUGGAUGUACAGCCAUAAAUAUAGAGGGACAAACAUGCCCUGAAAGGUUUCGUUGCGACUUUACGAAGCUAAAUGCGAGCUCCUGCCUUUUUAAGGGAAAGGAAUACUUCGAUGGUGAAGCAAUUGAAGAACAUCUGGCAGAAGCUUCGUGCAAUGUGCGAUGUACUUGUAAAAACGGAACCUUCGGCUGUCAUCCCAGGGGAUUGUGUCGCAAAACAUUUGAGCCGAACGCCAUAUUUUGCUAUAGCAAACGUCAACUGGGCAUGUGUUGUCCCACCGAAGUGGUUUGCCCUCCGUUCGCACACGACGCAUUCCAAUGUCAAGUGGACGGUGAACGCUACAACGUCGGCGAGGAAUUUACUCCAAAGAACACGUGCCUCAUUUGUAUCUGUCGCGAAAACUUUACCGGCGAGUUCGACGAGGUCAGCUGCGCGAGACAAAAUUGCGCGGCUCAACUGCACGAAACCAACGCUAUCGAGCAAGGCUGCGCACCGGCUUAUUUUCAACCUGCUCCUUCUGACCUAUUCUACGUGCCGCCGAAUAAAGUCGGUUAUGUCGCCGUUUACAAGAAGUUUUUAAAUACCGAUACCCUUUGUUGUCCAGACGAUUGGAUCUGUCCGCAACCGUUAGACAACGUUACUGUGAUUGAGAAUGAGAGGGGCAUAUAUUCAGAUCUGGAAUGCAAGUACGGAAAUAAAACGUUUAAAUUCGGAGAAGGCUUUAAGCAGAGAAUCUACCGUUACAGAAAAAGCAGGCACAUGAAAUGUGAGUGCCUUUUGCCACCACUCCUUACUUGCAAAGAACAAUAGUCGAUGUGGUGAUAAGCAAAAUAAAAUGAUAAAUAAACUGACGUUCUGAUACUUUCGGUCACGUUUCCCAUUAAGAAUGAAAACAAUGAUUCGGCGAUUUUCUGGAUAAUUAAUUAACUACUCGAAAAGGGCAUUAUGCCUGGCCUUCCGGGAUCACAAAAAACAGCUUCUAUCCAAUCAAUAUUAGAAAUGGGCAACUUCUACACAGGCGAAUCAGUUUGGUUAUUGUCCGUCGUUUCGGUGCGUUCCAAGCACAAAUUAAACUCAUUAUACAGGGUGUUACGAAAACGAUAUGACAUACUUUCAAAAAUAUAUUCUUUUGGUUUGUUUGCAAAAUUAGCUAAAACAGUCUCUUUUAACUCAACUUCGUCGUUAAACCUCCGUCCACGUAAGUCCUUUUUCAAAUAUCCAAAAAAAUAAUAGUCGCUAGGGGCCAUAUCUGGACUAUAGGACUAUAGGGACACUCUAAAAUGGCAGCUUGUGCAACACCAGCAGUAUGGACAAGUGCAUUAUCAUGCAAAAGACGUACGCCUCUGGUUAGUUUUCCUCGACGUUUUACACGUAUGCAGUCGCGCAAUUUAUGUAAUAAUGUUGCAUAAUAUUUACCAUUGACAGUGAUAUUAGUUUCUUUAAAAUUUAUCAAAAGAAUUACUUCACAAUCCCAAACGAUCGUGCCCAUCACCUUUUUUGUUGACUGGCAGACUCCGAAUUUUCUUGGAAGUGCUUCAUCCUUACGACGCCACUCCAUUGAUUCUUUUUUCGAUAUAGGGUCAUAAUAGAGAACCAUAGUUUUAUCUCCCGGCACAAUAGUUUCUAUCACAGGCUUCGGUUCCGACCCACAGAGUUCCAAAAAAGACCGCGCACACGCGACACGCGUUGUUUUUGAAUAGCCGAAAGGUUUUUAGGAACCCAUCUUGCACUAACCUUAUGUAUACCUAAAUGAUCAUGCAGGAUUCGACGAACACUUGUAUCAGAAAGCUUAGUAAUUUCUGAGGUUUCUUUGACCUUUAAACGUCGAUCACUCAUACCACUUCUUCCACAAUCGCAACAAUAUCUUCCGUUAUGACCUCCACUGGUCGACCAGUUCUUGAAUCAUCUUCAAGGGACUCCUGCCUCAUUCGAAAACGUUUUGCCCAUUCUUUCACUACAGAAUACGAAGGAGAACUUUGACGGUUCACACCAUCCAGCCUUUCUUUAAUAAUUUUAGGUGCUAACCCUUUUUUUGUCAAAAACUUUAUGACUGCUCUAUACUCAAUUUGAGUUAUUUGCGACAUUUUUUCGGACACGUCUUGUUUAAAAUGCUGUCAAUAAAAAACUAU